UUCAUCUUUGAAUAGGAGAAAAUUGUGCUUCAAAAAAUGAGAUAAAUGUCCUGACAAAAUUUUCCAUCUUCCUCUUACUGUUUACAUAAAAGAAAACACUGUGUAUUAUUGACGACUGGACAACUAAACACCUAGAAAUUCAGCCAAGAUGUCGUCCCGACCCGAGUUAAAGGUCGACGAUGAACAUGGCUUCAUCCGAUUCUUCAAGUCACUGCCAUCCGUGGGCGAUGAGACCGUACGCAUAUUCGACCGAGGCGAUUGGUACACGGCUCAUGGUGAAAAUGCCAACUUCAUCGCAAGAACGGUUUACAAAACCACAUCUGUAGUGCGACAGCUAGGACGAAAUGAUGCCAGUGGUCUACCCUCCGUUACCAUGACUGUUACAGUUUUCCGACAAUUCCUACGAGAAGCCCUCUUUAAGCUUGGAAAGCGAGUUGAGAUAUAUGCUAGUAACGGUGGUCGGAUGAACUGGAAGAUUAUUAAACAAGCCUCUCCUGGAAACUUGCAGGAUGUUGAGGAAGAGCUUGGUGGUCAGUUUGAUUCGGCACCCAUGAUACUAGCUGUCAAGAUAUCCGCCAAAGCCUCUGAGGCCAGGAGUGUGGGCGUCUGUUUUGCUGAUGCCAGUGUGAGAGAACUUGGUGUUAGCGAGUUUCUUGACAAUGAUUUAUAUUCCAACUUUGAGGCUCUGCUCAUCCAGCUCGGUGUUAAGGAAUGCCUUAUCCAGUUUGACAAGGCUGAGAAGGAUAAAGACCCCGAAUUGGCCAAGCUGAAACAGAUCAUUGACAACUGCGGAGUUGCUAUAGCUGAAAGACCAGCUAGUGAUUUUGGAACCAAGGAUAUCGAGCAGGAUCUUGCUCGACUACUCAAGGAUGAACGAUCAGCCAGUCUUCUCCCCCAAACGGACCUCAAAUUAGCUAUGGGUUCCGCCGCUGCAUUGAUCAAGUAUUUGAGUGUCCUUCAGGAUUCGUCUAACUUUGGUCAGUAUCAAUUGUAUCAGCACGAUUUGUCACAGUUCAUGAAGCUUGAUGCCGCGGCCCUGAAGGCUCUUAACUUAAUGCCAGGUGUAAGAGAUGGCUCGAAGACCAUGAGUUUAUAUGGGCUUCUCAACCAUUGCAAAACGCCGGUUGGUAGCCGAUUACUGUCACAAUGGCUAAAGCAGCCUCUCAUGAGCAAGGACGAGAUUGAGAAGCGCCAACAACUGGUCGAGGCUUUUGUCAACGAUACGGAAUUGCGUCAGACAAUGCAAGAAGAGCACCUGAAAUCGGUACCAGAUCUAUAUCGCUUAGCGAAGCGAUUCCAGCGAAAUAAAGCAAAUUUAGAAGACGUUGUCAGGGCAUACCAGGUAGUUAUUCGCUUGCCUGGAUUCCUGGGAACGUUAGAGGGAGUGAUGGAUGAGAAGUACAAGGAUCCGUUAGAUGAGGCAUAUACCAAUAAACUAAGGGAGCUCUCAGACAGUCUCGGGAAGCUCGCAGAUAUGGUUGAGACAACCGUUGAUCUCGAGGCUCUUGAUAACCACGAAUAUAUUAUCAAGCCUGAAUUUGAUGAUAACUUGCGCAUCGUCCGAAGAAAACUCGACAAGCUCAGGUCAAAUAUGGAUUCGGAGUUUAGGAAAGCAGCGGAUGACCUAAACCAAGAAGAAAACAAGAAGAUAUUCCUCGAGAAUCACAAAUCCCACGGUUGGUGUAUGCGACUGACGAGGACAGAAGCUGGCUGCAUUCGCAACAACUCCCAAUAUCAGGAGUGUUCUACGCAAAAGAACGGUGUCUACUUCACCACAAGGACACUACAAUCCUACCGUCGGGAAUUUGAUCAGUUAUCCCAGACCUACGACAGAACCCAGAGCGGGUUGGUCAAUGAAGUUGUAAGUGUCGCAGCCUCUUACUGCCCAGUACUCGAGCAACUGGCUGGCAUCUUGGCACAUCUCGAUGUCAUCGUAUCGUUUGCGCACUGCUCAGUACAUGCACCUACUUCCUAUGUCCGUCCCACAAUCCACUCUCGAGGCGAGGGAUCCACAAUAUUGAAGGAGGCCCGCCACCCAUGCAUGGAAAUGCAAGACGACGUCCAGUUCAUCACCAACGAUGUCGAUCUCCGUCGCGAUGAGUCAUCCUUCCUCAUUAUCACAGGUCCCAACAUGGGCGGUAAAUCCACGUAUAUCCGACAGAUCGGCGUAAUCGCGCUAAUGGCGCAAAUCGGAUGUUUCGUCCCUUGCACCGAGGCCGAGCUCACCAUCUUCGACUCCAUACUCGCGCGUGUCGGAGCCAGCGACUCCCAGCUCAAAGGCGUAUCCACAUUCAUGGCCGAGAUGUUAGAGACGGCCAACAUCCUCAAAUCGGCCACGGCUGAAUCCCUCAUCAUCAUCGACGAGCUCGGCCGCGGAACGUCGACGUAUGAUGGCUUCGGUCUCGCGUGGGCCAUCUCUGAACACAUCAUCAAGGAGAUUGGCUGCUUCGCCAUGUUCGCAACACAUUUCCACGAACUGACCGCACUCGCGGACAACCAUCCCCAGGUCCGUAACCUUCACGUCGCCGCACACAUCUCCUCGUCGGCCCAGAACCAAGGCGUCGACAAGCGCGAGGUCACGCUUCUAUACAAAGUUGAGCCUGGCAUCUGCGACCAGAGCUUCGGUAUCCACGUCGCGGAGCUCGUCCGCUUCCCGGACAAGGUGGUGCGGAUGGCGAAGCGCAAGGCCGACGAGCUGGAGGACUUUACGGCCAAACACGAAUCCGGCGCACAGCAGUACAGCAAGGAGGACGUCGAGGAGGGUAGCGCGAGAUUAAAGGAGGUGCUGGUUAAAUGGAAAGACGCCAUUAAGGACGAGGGUAUGUCGAAGGAGGAAAAGGUAAACCGGCUCAGAGAGCUUGUCAAGGGCGACGAGAGGUUACUCGCGAACCCGUUUUUUACGGCCGUUCAGGCGUUGUGAGAUGGUGAUGCCAAUUGUAUAGGAGGAUACUGGGUUUAUAACUGAUGGGAGGAGGAAAAAGGAUUGUAACUAUGUAAUCAUGACGGCUUGCUCGGCGUCUGGAAUCAUGGGAUCGCUACUAGAUUGGCUUAUUGAGCUGUGCUGUUAUUUGCUGGUGUGCUGAUAGCAUUGCAGGCUCUGUUGAAAAGAUACUUAAUGAUUAGCUUUUUGCUACGCUCGUG